GCGGGGCUUUUCGGGGCUUGUAGUUUUCCUCUCAGGGGGCAACGGUUUGUUUGGAUUCUCGGCGGAGCAGCGUCGCCACCUUCCAUGGACAGCCGGGAAGGCGCUGCCGCCAGUCCCGAAGCGGACGCCGAAAAGGCCUCCAGGUCCUCGGAUUUGACAAAGUAGAAUAAAAUGGCACUAAUCUAGUGACUGGCCCACUGGCGGUCUUGUGCAGUUUGGGUGCUUGAGGUAGACUCUGCCUGGCCAUGGAGGCCCAUCAGGAGGGGAUGCUGGGGAUCCCGUCUCCUAUAUACUACUAAAGGGAGUCCUUGACUGAUGACCCACAAGUGAGCCCUGGAUUUUCGUUGCUAAGUGAAACCUUUGAGUUCAGAUUCUGAUGAGGAAGGAGGAGCUUCAGGCCAGACAGAAAUGGAAUUUUUGCGAAACCUCUUUUCCCGGACUCUGGGCUUUGGCAGUGAGAAGCCCGAGAAGGUGCUGGAGGAACUGACACUGGAAGGCGUGACCAACUUCAUACUGACCGAGAAAUGCAAGAAUAUAAUCUGUAUGGUUGGUGCAGGGAUCUCGACCAGUGCGGGCAUCCCCGAUUUCCGCUCACCUGGCACGGGGCUGUAUGCCAACCUGCAGCAGUACAGUCUACCGUAUCCCGAAGCCAUCUUUGAGAUUGGCUAUUUCAAGCAAAACCCAGAACCAUUCUUCACCUUGGCUCGGGAGCUUUACCCAGGGCAGUUCAAGCCCACCGUCUGUCACUACUUCAUUCGUCUCUUGAAGGAUAAAGGGCUGCUACUGCGCUGCUACACUCAGAACAUCGACACCUUGGAGAGGGUGGCCGGUCUGGAUCCCGAACACUUAGUGGAAGCUCACGGCACUUUUUAUACCUCCCAUUGCAUCAGCUCCACUUGCAAGAAGCCCUACAGCCUGGAGUGGAUGAAAGAAAAAAUAUUCGCAUCUCUCACCCCCAGAUGUGAAAAAUGUCAGAACAUCGUGAAGCCAGACAUCGUGUUUUUUGGGGAGAAUUUGCCCCCUCGUUUCUUCUCUCUCAUGCAGUCGGAUUUCCAGAAUGCGGACCUGCUUAUUAUCAUGGGCACCUCACUUCAGGUCCAGCCUUUUGCCUCCCUGGUCAGCAGGGUACCUGCAAACACACCACGGCUUCUGAUCAAUAAGGAGAAGACUGGAGAGAGUGAUCCUUUCAUGUCCCUGAUGGGCUUAGGCUGCGGGAUGGAUUUUGAUUCGGAGAAGGCAUACAGGGACGUUGCCUGGCUCGGAGACUGCGAUGAGGGCUGCCUGGCUUUGGCAGAGCUGUUGGGAUGGAAGGAAGAACUGGAGGAACUUGUGAAAAAUGAACACGCUGUCAUUGAGGCCAAAUCAGGACAGACUGUGGGUGUCGGGGCAGGUGCUGAUCGGCAACCAGCCAAGAAGCAAGAACAGAAUCCAUCUUUGGAGAAAGAAAAGCCACCUGCAAACAAAGAAGAAUGAAGAGAUUAGAGAAGAUUGAGGAACUCUACUUUUUGAUAAUUAAAAAAAAAAACACCUAGACACAAACUGGGGAUGCUUGGGGCCUUUUUGUCUUGAUUUCCUUAAGACAAGCUGAUAGGGUGUCUGCCUUUAGCUGUGGAAAUUCCCUAGAUGAUUUUGGCCGAGUUACUUGUCACUCCCUCCCCCCCCCAACUGCUCCUAAAUUGUUAGGAGAAUAAGUGGAAGGAAGAUUCUUCUGUAGGUUACGUUACACUGCUGGAAAAAAGGCAGGAUCUAAUUCUAACAAAUAAACGAAAUAAAGGGCUUUGGCCAUGUAGCAUCAAAGAUUUUGGGGGAGGUCAUGGAGUUCAAGGCAAAUGUGGAAUCAAAAAUAGGUCUCAUCGGCACAAUUGAAGCCAUGAACAGCUGAAAUUAUGAUUGAAUUGAAGUUUUAAUUUAGCAGUAUUUCUUGGAGAUUUCUUUAGAAUAGGGGUGCCCAGCUUGGCAACUUUAAGACUUGUGGACCUCAACGCCCAGAAUUUCCAAGGCAGCAUGCUGCCUGGGCAAUUCUGGGAGUUGGAGUCCAUAAGUUGCCAAGAUUGGACACCUCUGCUUUAGAGCCUCUCUUUAUUAGUGUUGGGAGGGUGAGUUUGAUUAAUUUCCAGUUAACUUCAGAAAUUUGUUCUAAUUGCCUUAGAGGAAAAAAUAGACAAAAUGACAUUUGAUUAUAACUUCUGUUCAGCCCUUAUUUAUGGGCCUUCCUACCUACCUACCUACCUACCUACCUACCUACCUAGGAAAGCACUUUUGGAGAAGCAUAGUUUGAAGUGUUUCAUUAAACUGUUGAUUUAUGCAGGGUAGCAGUUUUAAUUCUCUGAUGCUUUUGUUUCCAUCAUUUAUAUGAAGCUGUCAUCUGUGACAAUUAAAUACAAUCAGCUUGAUACCACAA